GAUCCACUGUCUGCUGGAGCCACAGGAGUGAUGCUGCCCCAGGUGCUGCCCCUGGCCUUGCUACUCCUGGCCACCUGCACUUUCGGUCAGUUUGCAGUCUUCUUACAGCGCCAUGUUGACCAGCCCAAAUCGCAGGUCCCGGGAGGGCCGACCCAAUACUGUAACGUGCUGAUGCAGCGCCGCGGACUAAUCACGGGGAACCGCUGCAAACCCCUCAACACCUUCAUCCAUGAGGACCCAGGAGCUCUGGUCACCCUGUGCCGCACCCCAGCCAGGCGCUGCCGCAACCCACGGAUGCGGAAUUGUCACCGCAGCUCCCAGCCUCUGAAAGUCACCGACUGCAAGGCUGUCCCUGGUACCCGGCCCCCCAACUGCCGCUACCGCUCCAUCUCCCGUUCCCGCAACAUCGUUGUGGCCUGUGUGCAGCAGAGGCCCGUCCAUUUUGAUGGGUAGAGGAAUCGCCUGCCCUCCACACAUCAAGAACCCCCAGACCCUUUCCCUACUGGAGACCCUGGAUCUUCCCUGACCCCCCCAACCCACACACCCAGGGGUCCCCCAUUCCCCCUGAAUUUCUGUGCAGCCCCUUCCAUUAUCCCCACUAUUCCCUGUAAGUUUUGCUUUUGAUGUAAUAAAUCUGUUUCCUGCCUGAGUGGCUUUG